AUGUGGGUUUAUAUUUCCAAACAUGCAGACUGCCUCCAUCCCAGCCCCUGGCACCAUGGAAAAUCGGGAUAUAUUGUCAUUUGCAAGCUAAUUAAGGGGAAGGUCCGGGUGAUCCCUGAGGAUUACACCACCACCUACACCUGCCCCUCUCCGGGCUACGACUGCCACGUCGCCGAGAGCCGCGAGCCGGGAUCGGCCGCGCCCAGCCCCUGCCAGGCCUUCGAGCAGAGCCAGUACUACGUGUACGAGGUGUCCGGCGGCAGCCCGGCCCAGCGGCCCCGGCAGGUCUGUCCCUACAUCCUCCUCUGCUGCCAGUACAGGGACCCCAAGGACGUGACCAUGGAAGACCUGCCCGAGCGCGACCACCAAGGACUGUACUGCCCAUGGAGAGGAGCACUCGCCAUCCAGGGAAAGCUGCUGUGCAACAUCACCCUGAGGACCCCCUACAGCUCCUCCCUCCCAGCCCAGCU